AGUGAUUUUACGAUGUGCGCCAAGAUGAGUGUACUACAUGGUCGUCAUUUGGGAAUUAUGACCCUUACGAGCAGCCCGUGUGAGCUAGACAACAUGAGCUUGUUUCAAGACCUCAAGUUGAAAAGGAGAAAGGUCGACUCCCGAUGUAGCAGCGACGACUCCCCAGUAUCCCUCGGAUCAGCAGGCUCGCCGCUCGGGAUCCAGCCAACAGACGCACCUUCACCCAUAAACUUUCCUGCUCCAGGAGAAAGUGUGGCUGAUACCCUGACUUCCUCGCCGGACGCUAACAUGCCAGGUUCGCCGGGCUGCCCGGUGGUCAAAGUAAAAUCCGAGUGGCAGCGUGGCAGCCCCAGUCCCGGGACCCCAGUACGAGACAUGAGAGGCUCAAUGAUAAUCCAUGACUCAAUUCGGGACCUGGGCUCGGAUCGGGCUUCACCAGACUCUGUCUUCCCGGAUGUCAUCAGUUCCAGAGUCUCUGAGGAUCAUCAACAACGAUCUUGUACUCCAGCAGCUAACAGAUCGUCGCCCCUCCCGGCCGUUUCUACAACCCCUAUGUCCCAGGAAACCAGCAGGAGUGAAAGUCCUGACCGGGGGAACAACCUGUCUUCAGCUCAGUCGAAAGAAGAGUCGGACAACUCUGUGUUCGACGGAGGCGGCCCAGGUGGUGGUCCAGGUGGCGGAAAGAAUGGUAACCAUAGAAAUGACUCCUCUAACCAGUCGUGUCAGCGGAGCAGCCCAUCAUCACAAUUUAAUCCAAACCUGAGUCCCAGCACCAACUCUUCCCAUGGGAAUCACAUGCAAACGAUAGCAACGAAUCCAAGGCUCAGAGCACCAUCAGUACCACCACAUAUAUUGAGUCAUCAUCAAUUCUGGCCUCCAGGAACGGUGACUCAGAAUUUCGCUACUCAGAGACUGCUUAAUGGGGUCAUCAGCAGUGCUGUGAACUAUGCACAGAACCUUGCUGGGUCUUCGAGUAAUGGUUCUGGUGGUAACAUGAGUGCAGGAAAUGGAAACGGAUCCAUAACUGGAAAUGGAAACGGGAAUGGAUCUGGAGGAUCGAACGCCGGAAAUGGAUGCGAAAGUAUGAAGCCACCAGCUCAGAGAUCGGCGCCAGCACCUCCAAGACCACCUCCCACUGUAAUAAUGGGUGAAGUUGGCGGCGUCAGAACUAUGAUCUGGUCAGCACCGGCUCUGGAUCCAGUACCGCCUCCAGCUGCCUCCUGGACGACGACAGCUUCUGCGGCUUCCUGUUCAUCCUCCGAAGAAUCAGCCGCUCAGCUGCUCCUAAAUCUCGGGCAGGAAUCCCGAGGCAAACCACCUGGCAUCCCUUACACGUCGGGUCCUCCGCUUAACAUGGAAAGGUUAUGGGCCGGUGACCUAACGCAAUUGCCAGCUGCUCAACAGAUUCAGGCGUUGAAUCUAACGGCUUCCGGGUCCAGUCAGCCUUGGGUGAGAAAUGGCGGGGUCGUUAAGUCCGAGGCGGCGUCUCAGUCGUUAUCUGUAGCGCCACCUGCCCCGCCAUUACCUCCCCAAGAACACGAAGAGGACGAGACGCCUAUGAUCUGCAUGAUUUGCGAGGACAAGGCCACUGGACUCCAUUAUGGCAUCAUCACCUGCGAAGGUUGCAAGGGCUUCUUCAAGAGGACAGUGCAGAACAGGCGGGUCUACACUUGUGUAGCAGAAGGUGGCUGUGAGAUCACGAAGGCACAGAGAAACCGGUGUCAGUACUGUCGUUUCAAAAAGUGCAUCGAACAGGGUAUGGUCCUUCAAGCAGUUCGGGAAGAUCGGAUGCCUGGUGGCAGAAAUUCUGGGGCUGUUUAUAACCUUUAUAAGGUGAAGUACAAGAAACACAAGAAGACGAAUAAGACUUCAGGAGUUGGAGGCGGAAUGGGGGGCGGUGGUAACGUUAGUGGAGUAAAUGGUUCGGGGUCGUUGACUGGCAGCAAAGGAACCAUGGGAACGACCAUGUUGGAAAAACAUAUGGCUGCUGCUGCGGCGCAUCACAGCCAACAACAGCAGCAUACCCAGUUGGCAAGCAAUUUUCUCCAACACAGAAUUUCCUCCGCAGAUCCUCAAAACUCUCAACCUACCUCCAGCCAUCCGAACCACAAUGUGCACACGGGACACCUUGUGAAUGGAACCAUUCUCAAAACGGCUCUCACCAAUCCCUCCGAAGUUGUGCAUUUACGGCAGAGGCUAGAUAACGCAGUUAGUAGUUCGAGGGAUCGGGCAUUUCCUCUGGACGCCACCCUCCUCAUGAUACAAACCCUAAUAGACUGCGACGAGUUCCAAGAUAUCGCCACGAUAAGGAACUUGGAUGAGCUGCUGGACCAUAAAUCAGACUUAAGUGAAAAGCUGUGUCACAUAGGAGACAGCAUAGUGUACAAGUUGGUGCAGUGGACCAAAAGGUUACCCUUCUACCUUGAGCUACCGGUGGAUGUCCACACGAGGUUACUCACACUCAAGUGGCACGAACUCCUGGUGCUCACCACGUCGGCGUACCAGGCCAUGCACGGUCAGCAUCGAGUCUCCAACUCCAACAACGAGGGAACGGGCGCUGACUUUAUGCAAGAAGUUUCGAACAAUAUGUAUACGUUACAAACGUGCCUCUCGAGCAUGAUGGGUCGGGAGAUAACCAUGGAACAAUUGCGGCAAGAUGUGGGACUGAUGGUGGAAAAAAUAACUUACGUCACGCACAUGUUCAGGCGGGUGAAGCUGCGAAUGGAGGAGUACGUUUGUUUAAAAGUCAUUGCGAUGCUCUCGCAAGCACGAGGUGCUACGGUAGAAUUGGAGCAAAUACAAGACCGGUACGUGAACUGUUUGAAGAGUUUCAUCGAACAUAGUGCGCCGCAACAUCCAAGCCGCUUCAACGAGCUUAUCGGCAGAUUGCCCGAAGUUCAAUCUGCCGCGACUCUUCUGCUAGAAAGCAAGAUGUUUUACGUUCCUUUUCUGCUGAACUCAGCAACUCAAAGAUAGUAAAUAAAAAACCUGAUAAACGAAGCUGACUACCUACACAUGUAUACAUAUAUAAAUAGAAGAGGAAGAAGAUAAAAAAGAAGAAUAGGCGAAAACGAACAAACAAGCGGACUCACGUACGUGAGACGGGGGAAAGGCUUUGUUUGUGUAUGUAUAAUAACUAUAAUAUAUAUAAAUAUAUAAAUAAUAUAAAUGUGUGUGUUCGUUGCGUUGUACAAAAAUGAAAGAAGAGAGAAGACUUAGAGGUGAGAAAGCACUUCGGAAGAAGCUACCGAGCGAACGGAAACAGAAUAGGAGAAAAAUAAAAA